AUGAAAGCAAGUAUAAUGGAAGAGAAUGGCGUAGUGAAGUCGGAUCAGCUUAGCUCUACAAUGGAACAACUUGUGUCAGGUGUGCGGACUGCGGAGGGUGGAGGCGGGGAAAGAAGAAUAAUUAACAUGGAUGAUAUUUUGGCACCAGAUUGUUGCACACCGCUUUCUUCUGUAAGCGUGCUUGAGGAUGUGCCAGAUGGUGGUGAGGCGUAUUCAUCGGGAUCUAUGGGAGGAGGGGAUGAUAACAACAAGGGUAAACAGCUGCCUUUAUUAUCUAGAAGACUAGAGGAAACGGAGAUUACGGCGCUCUCUGGAGCACUUGCAGGGUUUAUAUCCGGGAUUAUUGUUUGUCCAUUAGAUGUAGCGAAGACAAGGUUACAAGCUCAAGGGUUGCUUUCUAAUUCAAGGUAUUACAGUGGGAUUUUGGGUACGCUUAGUAGGAUAGUGAAGGACGAGAGUUAUAGAGGUCUUUACAAAGGGUUGGUUCCUAUAGUUUUAGGAUAUUUUCCUACAUGGAUGAUAUACUUUUCGAUAUAUGAAAGAUGUAAGAAACGUUAUCCCGCUGUCUUCAUGAAUGAUUUUAUGGCGAACUCUGCGUCUGCGUUGACCGCAGGGGCGAUUACCACUGCAUUGACAAAUCCGAUAUGGGUUGUUAAAACAAGAUUGAUGAUUCAGUCGAACAAAAAGUAUUUUUCUGUGUACUAUAACGGUACAUUGGAUGCGUUCAGAAAGAUGUAUCGAUUAGAGGGUUUAAAAGUAUUCUAUUCUGGUCUUGUGCCCUCACUCUUUGGGCUUUUCCACGUUGCAAUUCAUUUCCCUGUCUAUGAACAGUUAAAGUGCUGGUUGCACUAUAACGCACCGACUACAGGUGAUCUGGAUCAGUUGGGCCACAACCUGCAUCUAGGUCGCUUGAUUGUUGCAUCAUGUAUAUCAAAAAUGGUUGCCAGCACAAUUACUUAUCCACAUGAAAUAUUGAGAACCAGAAUGCAGAUCAGAGCAACAGGGUUGCAUUCUGGGGUUCUUAGUAUGAUUUCCAAGCUUUACGUAAAUGAAGGUUUCAUCGGCUUUUAUUCAGGCUUCACCACGAACAUAGCCAGAACACUCCCUACGUCCGCUGUAACAUUAGUUUCUUUCGAGUACUUCCGCAAAUAUAUCAGGUUGUGGAACAAUACUCUUCAGUCAUGA